AAGAAGAAACAAAAGCAGACACUUCAGCACUACAGCCUCGACAAAGACAGUUUCCAUGGGUUCCUCAUCAUCAAAGCUCAGCAGCGACACCAAGGUGUUCACCCCUGCCACUCCUGUCGAUUUUUCUGCCUCUUUUUUGCAACAAUUGGACUCCUCCAUCGAGAGUGAUUAUACCAGAGCUCAAAACACUGAGAAAUACAUUCAAGAUAAGAUUGGACAGAAGUUACAAAAAUUGGAAGAAGAUGCAAUCAAAAACUUGGAAAAGUUAUCUAAUGAUGCAUUAUUGAAAGAAGAUAAAGAACCCGGUUUUUCAUCCAGCAAAUUGGACGAGAAAUUGAAUGAAUUGACUAAAAAAUUGGAAGAAAUUAAUUCGCACAGACAUUUCCAAACUCCAGGAAUCGAUGAACAAGUUGUUCAAAAUAGAAGUCUUGUUAUUUCGUGUUUAAAGAAAAACAGAGGCAGACCAUUAAACUGUUGGGAUGAAGUUGAAAAUUUCAAGAAAAUAGUUUCGUCAACUUAAAAGAAAUAAGCGAAAAAAGGAGACCAAGACAACAAGUAAAUGAUUACUCAAGUAUAUGAUUAAUUGAUUGAUGAAAAUCGGCCAAAUGUUUUCAAUUAAUUAUUGCUUAAGUUUAUUAAAGUUAUAUAAAAUUAAAAUAGAUUAUAGAAAUCUAAUAGUUGAAGAUUAUUAAAAAAACAAUUAAAAAUUCAAUCAACA